AUGAUCGGCAUCUUUCAUGCUUUAAUGUGGUAUUUUGUAUUUUUUUUGUAUUCGGCACAAGUUCAUGGAGUCUUUGGAACAUAUGAGCCUAUAACUUACAAAACAGGAAGUACUUUAUGGGGAGUUAUUUUUAUCAUUUCAGGAAUCCUCAUAAUAAAAUCAGCAAAGCAGCCAGAUUACUCUCUGGUUUUAUGGUCUUUGGUCCUGAACAUUGUCUCCUUUAUUGUUUCAAUAGUUGCAGUAAUUUUAACAAUAAUUGAAUUGUCUAAGUUUCGAUCUGUGUCAUAUAGAAAUUAUGGACAAGCAAAACUUGGGAGGGAAGUGUCACGUAUUUUAAUACUCUCCUACCAUUUGGAAAUGUCCAUUACAUUUGUAUACUCACUCUUCACCUGUAUUAAUUUGUACAUCAUGUCAGGAAUCUCUACAAUUACUCUAGACAAGAUCCAUUCAAUGAAUAUGAUAGCCUGUAUUUUAGCACUGAACAUCAUGAGUACCAUCAUUGCCUCGAUUGGUGUCUUUCUUCUGAUAGUGGAGCUUAUGGUGUAUACUUUCAGUUCAGUGAAAGUUAUUUGGCCCCAGUAUAUUAUAUCAGGAAUAUUUGCAGUCGAAGCCGAGAAGAAGCGUACCCAAUGCCUAGUAAGUCAGAAUGUCAGUGACUAA